CAGACCCGAAGUCGGCAGUAUUAGUCAUGGCUAUACAGCUAAGAGUCUUCUAUCUCGUUCCACUUCUUCUAGCCAGCUAUGUGCAGACAACCCCCAGGCUGGAAAAGAUGAAGAUGGACUGCUACAAAGAUGUGAAAGGCACCAUCUACAACUACGAGGCUCUGUCUCUUAAUGGGAAGGAACGCAUUCCAUUCAAGCAGUAUGCAGGAAAGCACGUCCUCUUUGUCAAUGUGGCUACCUAUUGUGGUCUGACAAUUCAGUAUCCUGAACUGAAUGCACUCCAGGAUGAUCUGAAGCAAUUUGGCUUGGUUAUAUUGGGCUUUCCCUGCAACCAAUUUGGAAAGCAAGAACCAGGAGACAAUACAGAGAUUCUUCCUGGGCUCAAGUAUGUUCGUCCGGGAAAAGGAUUUUUACCUAAUUUCCAGCUUUUUGCGAAAGGGGAUGUAAAUGGUGAAAAAGAGCAGGAAAUCUUUACCUUCUUGAAGCGCUCCUGUCCUCACCCCUCAGAGACUGUGGUCACAAGCAAACAUACAUUCUGGGAGCCAAUAAAAGUCCAUGACAUCCGCUGGAACUUUGAGAAGUUUCUGGUGGGACCCAACGGUGUCCCUGUCAUGCGCUGGUUCCACCAGGCUCCUGUCAGCACUGUCAAGUCUGACAUCCUGGCGUACCUGAAUCAAUUCAAAACCAUAUAGGAAGGCAAGCUUCUGAUCUCUUCCUCCUCUUUCUCCCUGAAAGCUGCUCUGAAAAAAGACUCCACCUUCUCAGCAUGCUCUUUACUGAAAUGGACUCUACCUGCCCAAGUCACCCCUAAAUUACCUAAGUUCUUCCCCUGCACAAGCAGAUUUGUGUCUGGAAAGCUGAAGAUGUUUUUCCUUGUUAGAUUUAUGAGUUAAAGAAAGAAAAGAGAAGAAAGGAAAAGAAAAGAAAAGAAAAGAAAAGAAAAGAAAAGAAAAGCUAAAUCCAGAGGCCUCAGUUACAGGUUUGGCUGGGUGUGUUAGUAUUCACCUACAAUGUGAACACUCAGCAGACAUUACAGACAUUUCAGACAGACAGAGACAAGAGGAACAUGAAUUCUAGGCCAGCCUGGGCUACAAGAAAUCUUGUGUCAAAACAAAAAAAUCCAUCAACAACAACGUAACCUGUUUGAACCACUCAAAUUCACCAAAGGACAUUAGGCUAGCUUGGUUGGACAUUGUAUCUGGAGGAAGAGUCCCCUUGGCCAUUCUGAGUCUUUCUCUUCCCAGCCUGAAGGUGGAGAAAGAGCAAUGGAGGAUGGUCAGACAACCUAGGUUGUUCCUCCUAAAAUGUGUGUCUCCCGAGACAAAUGCCUUGUCAGUUCCUGAGUUCUUUUAGUUCGGUCUUCAUCCCUGUCCCAUCCUGUCUGCCCUUCUCCUGUGGCCAGUCCAAGGGAGAGUAGGAGAAGAUUGACUCACACAGGAAGAGGGCAUCUCCCUGCUGUCAGGAUCCGGGACUUGUCCCUGAUGCUGCAAAAGUGCACCUUCUGGUUUGAUCUUCACUGGUUCAGCUAGUGCUUUUGAGCAGGGAUGUCAUUUGAAGAAUAGGACCCCGACCCUACCCCAACCUGGGAUUCCUCAACUUCAGAACUAGACAUAUUAUUUCCAAUAAAAUGUUUUCUGAAGC